AGCCUCUUAAUAAUUGAAAAAAAGACAACUUCCACUUAUUUCCUCCAAUCCAAUAAAAAACCAAGGGCUCCUUCUUUCCCUGUGUGUCCUAUCCUACUCUUGAAUUCUGAGUCUUGACAGUCAAAAGCUACUGGUGUCUAUAUAUAUAAAGAAAUAGUUUAUGAGUAAGUAAUACUUAUGCAUAAAUUAAUUUCUCUAUACAUACGCUACCUCUAAACUGUAUGUGUUGAUUGUGUGAGCAUCAUCUUUAUAUCUUUAUACAAAUGAACCGCGGCUCAUGAGCGAUCUUCAGUAUCAACAUAAAGAUCAAGAGUACGUUCAGCUGACAAUAAUAACAAGACGAGGGGAGACAAGACGGCGGAGUGGUGUUGACGACUGCCGCGGGGUGCCCAGCCUCAGGUAUGGACUGUGUCAGGAGCACUCCGACACUGCACACACGAGGUUUCGAUACGUGGGUGCAGCAGACCUCAACUUGAUCAUCCUAUGCUGUUUAUGGCUUCAAAUGGCACAAUAUUCUGUACAAGGAGUGAUGGUGCGACAAGACGAACCCAUGAUGGGUCAGGGUGGGAUGUGCGGAGUAACCACGCCGAGCAUAGAGUCUCUCCCUCACAUGCCGCAGCCACCAGUUGGGGGUUCGGCCAAUGGGGUUGCAGUGGAGAUGCAGGAGUCCCUGUCAUCUCUAAUGGCUGGUGAAGAGUCUGUCAACCAAGAGGAACUUCUUUCCAGGUUCCGAACUAUCAUCAAUGAAAACUUGCUGCUAAAAGAAACCAUUGCACAAAAUAAUCUGGCAAUGAGACAACAGCUUGGGUUGUUUGUGAAGUGGAAGCAUCAGAAUGAACAGCAACACCAAGAUCAGCGUCACCGUGUUACUGAGCUGUCACAGCAAGUUGCCUCUGUGCAGCAGGAGAAUGCCACACUAAGAGCUCAACUUGCAUGCACGCAGUUACCAGAGGAAGCACAACCACAUUUCAAGGAGCUGGACAACACCAUAAUUUUGCUGAACAAACGACUAGAGGUGGCUGAAAGAAACCUGCGGCAAGCACAGGAGGACAAGGAGAAGCUGAUGGCUCAGCGCUCAAGACUGGAGGGAGACAUUACCCUUCUGAAAUGUGAUAUAACCACAUCCCGAAGUGAACAGGAACGCUUACAGUUAGAAAGAUUUGAGUUGUUAAGCACAGCAAAUGAAUUGAGACAGCAGCUUCGUCAGAGUAGGGAGGGAGCAUCCAUCAUAGCCAGAGUUACAGAGUCCAGUCCUGUCACUGAAAGUACGAGUCUCCUGAGUCCAGCAGAUGUUCAAAAGUUGCGAGAUCAGCUGCGUAAGGAACAGGACAUUUCAGCAACUUUGCUUCAGGAGCUGCAUGACACACGUAAUCAGGUUGAGGGGCUGGAGAGGGAUGUUCAGCGGGCUCAUGAGGCGGCAAACACCCAACGUGAACUCUGCCGCAAAUUGCAGUCCCAGAUCACCACUGCAGCACCCGUUCCUGACACACUGAGCAAGGACCCUAUUGAUGCCUUGGAAAAGAAGCGUCUCAAAGAUGAGGCUGCCAUGCUCCGAGAAGAGGUAGAUACAUUGGAGACAGCACUUGAGGCUGAAAGGCAAAAGAAUAGUGAGGAGAGGUCAUCUGUUGUCAGGGCACAUGGUGAAGUGAACCGCCUCAAGAAAGAAAUCCAAGACCUCAAGGAACAGACUGAGAGAGACAAACAUAAUGACCAGUAUUAUGAAGUGAAGAUAAAGUCUAUAAGUGAAAAGCAUGAUGAGGCCACUGCUAAACUUAUGUCCUAUGAAGAAUUACUAGCUACCAAGAAUGAUGAGAUUUCUCGGAUGAAAAAGGAGCUGGGUCAGGCCAAGGCAGCACUGGCUGAACGCACAAGUGAAAGUGAAACCAUUGCCAUCCUCAGAGCUCAGGUGGAGGUGUACCAGGGCGACUUCCGGGCUGAGAGGGAGGCACGAGAAGCCUUGGCUACUGACAGAGAGAAACUUCGCGAUGAGCUUCAGCAGCUGCAGACAAGAAAUACUCAACUUGUGGAUGAGCUGGAAACUUAUCAGCGGAGGAAUUUUAAUCAAGGCAGGGCAGGGCAUGGAUCCAGGGGUGCCUCUGAAGAGCGUUUAGGACUCUCAGCUGCGGCAGCAGCUGCACCAUCUGCACAACCUCUCUCAGCUGACUCAUUAUGGGAAAAGCUGUCCAUCUCUUCUGAUAAAAAGGAAGAAGAAAAGUUGGAGGAGCAGCAGCUGGAUGAAAACUUGUUUUACUGUCCAAAGUGCAACAAGUCCUUCACUCAGUACCGUCCACUGGAGGAGCAUGUGAACCGCUGCCUUGACGAGGACUAACAAGGCAGAAGAGGGCCAACAGAUGAUCUGGACAAGUGAGACUCAGUGUGCAGCUAUUGCAUUCUAUUCACUGCAUUGCAGAAUACAGAAGAUACUCAGUCAGUAUAACAGUUUAAACACAAAUACACCAGGAUUACUUAAUGCAUUUAAUUUAGUGGCCUUGAACGUAGUCUCUCAGCAAAGCAAGGAUUUUUCCUAAUCUGAGCAGUUAAUUUCAGGCCAUCUUUGAUUUUCUGUUGUUUUUCCAUUGCAUUGUAACAAAUCAAUUAGAAUGAUUUUACAGACUGCUUCAAUCUGUGGGUGCAUUACAGUACAAUCUUCAGCUUUGUCAUGAUAAUUAAGCUUCCAGUUUAACAAAUAGGUUCAGAUCAGAGCACUGAAACAAAUGUCACUAAAGUUAUUAAACAUGUGACAUUUGAUAAAUUAAAUACAGUAAAAAUAAGACUGGUGUAUUUUUGUGUCUUACAAUUAGAAUACCUGUGAAAGAGUGUGAUGUUUGUGAUCUGUUAAAGAGGCUAGGUGCUUCUGUAAGUGGCCACAUCCUCUAUGUUGUUGACAUUUAUAUAGUACGCACAUUAUUCAUGCAGAAUUUCUAGUCUCAAAAUAUAUUGUUUUGAUGGAGUGUUUAUUAUUGAAUUCGAUAUUUAAUAUGCAUAUAUGUACUUGUUAUAAUUAGUUAUGGUUUCUUUAAAGCUUGUUUUCACCAUAAGAGAUUAUUUGCACCUUCCCAUAGGAUGACUGGAGUGCAUCUUAUUGAUUCAUGCAUUUCUUUAGAUACACUAACUCAUUUCCAUGAAGUCUAACUUUUCAGUGAAGCACUCUUCAUAAUAGUUGUAAAUUACAAGUGAAUAAAAAUUUUUGGCGGCAAUGUCCUGAAAA